AUGAUUUUCCAUAAGAUCAGCGAGUGUGAUCUUCCAAUAAUUGCCUGUGUCUUGCCCGUCAAACUGCCUCUGAAGCGGAAGAGUGAAACAGAAGAUUGUGAAGGCUACCAUGAGUGGACUACCAGUCCUGGAUACACUGAAGUGGUUAACAGCUCCCUUCGUACACCAGUAUCAGGAAAAGGGGGCAGGGUAUACAGCAAGUCAAAGGUUCCAAAGCAUAGCAAAUCAGGGCCUCAAACCCCUGUGCCAAAUGAAUAUGUUGAUGCUAAGAUAAGUUCAAUUGAGAGGAAGCCCCAUGACUCUGGUUGUGCAUGCCAGUUUUAUGUAACAUGCUAUAGAGCCCAAGAACCUCACAGCAUGGUGAAGAUGACACUUGGGGAAGAAAUCAGAGAAGUAAAACUUGAAAAUAUUAGUAUCUUACAAAAACUUCAGAGAAAACCUUCAGAAGAUGUCUACUAUCAUUGGAGCUACUCUGAAGACUGCUCCUUCAUGCGUAGAGCUAUACUACAUCGCGGUCAGUUCUCUUCUGAUAUAUCAUGGCUACUGGUUGCAUCCAUUUGGAAAGGACUUGGAUUUGAUGUCAAAACAGUGCAAAAUAAAAUGGUCUAUCAACUUCUUGAUAGUGAUCAUGACAUGUGUCCUCCAAGUUCCUUGAACAAUGUAAAGACCAUAAACUUCCAAAUAGAUAAUGAAGUUAUGAAGCCCAGUAAUAUGAACUUUUCCCCUAUGGUUCCUGUAAAUACAUUUGUUUUAAAUGAUCCUAUGGAUGUGGAUCUUGUUCAUGAUAUGAAAGAAGAUAAGCCUUUUUUUCCAUAUAUGCAUUUGAUAGCAGGUUGCCAAUGUGUGUAUAUGUUGAAAAUAUAUAAUUAGUGGA